CUCACGCCCACCUGUUCCCUGGCGGUCUAGGUCCCGCCAGCCACUCCCGACACACCCACUUCUGGGAUGUGGACAGGCCGCACGCUCUUAUGCUGGCACCUUGCCAGCACUGGUGGCACUGGCUCCAGAAUGCUGUCCCGCAAGGCCACGGCUGUCCUGCUGGUCGUGCACGCAGCUGCCAUGCUGGCCUCCCAGACGGAAGUCUUUGUUCCCAUCUUCACCUACGGUGAAGUCCAGAGGAUGCAAGAAAAGGAGAGGUACAAGGGGCAAAAGAAAUCCCUGAGUGUACAGCAGAGGUCAGAGGAGGUGGGCCCUGUGGACCCCGCGGAGCCCUGGGAAGAAAAACAGGAAGUUAUCAAGCUGACUGCUCCUGUGGAAAUUGGAAUGAGGAUGAACUCCAGGCAGCUGGAAAAGUACCAGGCCACCCUGGAAGGGCUGCUGCGCGAGGUGCUGCCACCCUCCCGGAACGGCCCAGCAGCAGAACUGGAGAGACACAGAAAGUCGGAUCCGAGAAGGCCUGGAGGGGCCUCAAGGGCGGCUCAAGACACAACCGGGGCAGUGGUGCCAAAGGAGCACUGAGACCAAGGGACGGAAGCAGGGGGACGGCCACUGGGAGGAAAGCAGACCAGACUGACUUCACUGAAGCCGGUACAGCAUGUUGAGGGUGGAGAAUGUUGAUGGAGGACCCUGAAGGGUUAUCAAUCAAGGGAGGGGGCGGACUGGAGUGGGGAGUUCAGGAGAACGCAGAGGCCCAAGACCUGGAGGAACAUUGACUCUUAAGGUUUUUUUCUUCUCUUUUCACGAGGUUUUUUUUUCCUGAUUGAAUUUUUUAUUCAGAUUCUGAGGCUUCUUGGGGGUGGGAGGGAGGGAAGCAUGAUCAGCAAAUAUGCUGUUAAGUGGUAGCACAUGACCCCAAAGUCCUGCUAGACCCAGGGGGGCAGAGGUGGACCAGUGUGGGGUGGGAGCGGGGGACCUGCUGCAAACAUGCUGGGUUCUAGGCUGGAGGGAAGACAGGGCUGGGGUGGGGCUGGAGGAGGGCUGUGGGCCACUUGGCCCUGGGUGUAUGCAGCAGCAGCCAGGACCCCAAACACAAGGAUGGAUGACAGAGCCCAUACUGGGGACCACCCCUGGGGAUAGCUCCAUUUCAGUAUCUUUUUAAAUCUCCCCAAGAUCCACUGUGUGGAAAUAGA